UUGAUUUAUUGGUAAACAUCUAAACUUGUAAUAUAUAUAAAUUCUGAAGGCUGUGGAGUGUGAAUGAAAGGCCUGUUGCUGUCCUGCUCCUCUGCACAGUGGGAAGUAUGGUUGUCAGGGACAGCUGCUGUGCUCUUCCUUCUCAAGCCUGUUGGACAGCAGGCAGCCGUGGCUGGAGAACCUCAGGAAGGGGGGCAGACCUCCUUCACCUCAGAGAACAAUCUCUUUACUUACACAUAUACAGAGGAACAGGAACGUCUCACCCAAAGGCACUUCUACGAGUCUGGUUUAUGGCUAUAAGGAACAGCAGCACUCCAUGUACCAUGAGUCAGGAUGAGGACGCUCGGUGGCUGGAGUGGGUCACCAAACAGUUUGAGAGUAUCGCUGGUGAUGACAAAGAGAUUGACCUGGAUGAGUUUAAAACUGCCCUCAAAGUGAAAGAGUCCUUCUUUGCAGAGCGUUUUUUUGCUCUGUUUGACUCGGACGGCAGCAGUUCCAUCAGCCUGGACGAGCUGCUGGGCGCACUAGACCUACUCAUACACGGCAGCGAGACGGACAAGCUGCGCUUCCUCUUCCAGGUCUACGAUGUGGAUGGCAGCGGCUCCAUAGACCCAGACGAGCUGCGCACGGUGCUGAAGUCGUGCCUGCGUGAGAGCGCCAUCUCCCUGCCGGAGGAGAAGCUGGACGACCUGACGCUCGCUCUGUUCGAGUCAGCUGAUAAGGACAACAGCGGCUUCAUCACAUUUGAGGAGCUGAAGGCCGAGCUGGAGAACUUUCCAGAAGUCAUGGAGAAUCUCACCAUCAGUGCAGCUAACUGGCUGAAGCCUCCUGAGGUCGAGACAAGGCGGCAUCCAACGCCACGCUAUCUGACGCGUGUCUACUGGCACAACAACAGCCGCAAGCUGCUCUUCCUGUGCUUCUACGCCUGCCUCAACGGCCUGCUCUUUGUGCUGGCCAUGCUGCAGAACAUGGCAGGGGGCGCCAGCUACAUGCUGGCCAAAGGCUGUGGCCAGUGCCUCAACCUCAACUGCACUGUCGUCAUGAUCCUCAUGCUCAGACGCUGUCUAACAUGGCUGAGGGCCACCUGGUUAGUGCGUGUGCUGCCUCUGGACCAGAACAUCCUGUUGCACCAGAUCGUGGGCUACACCAUCCUACUCUUCUCCCUGGUGCACACCACCGCACACGUCACCAACUUUGUUCAGCUGUCCCAGAGCGACGGCAGGGGAACUUACCAGCUGUGGGAGUACCUGCUGACCACGAGGCCUGGGAUUGGCUGGGUCCACGGCUCUGCCUCCAUCACUGGCAUCGUCCUCCAGCUCAUCAUCUGCCUCAUGACCGUGUGCUCCAGCACAUUUGUGCGUCGCAGCGGCCACUUCGAGGUGUUCUACUGGUCCCACCUGUCGUACGUGUGGGUGUGGGCACUGCUCAUCGUUCACUGUGCCAACUUCUGGAAGUGGUUCGCUGUGCCAGGAGCAGUGUUCCUGGUGGAGAAGAUUGUGGGCAUCGCCGUGUCCCGCAUAGGCGGACUUUACAUCGUUGAGGUCAACCUUCUGCCAUCCAAGGUCACCCACCUUGUGAUCAAACGGCCACCAUUUUUUCAUUUCAAACCUGGAGACUAUGUCUAUCUCAACAUUCCUGCCAUCGCCAAAUAUGAGUGGCACCCAUUUACCAUCAGCAGUGCCCCAGAGCAGCCAGAUACCAUCUGGGUCCAUAUUCGCUCCAUGGGCCAGUGGACCAAUCGACUCUUUGAGUACUUCAGGCAGCCGGACCUCCAGGCGGUCAGCACCAAGCGGCUCACCGCCAGCCUGAGGAACCGUCAGCACCAGAGGAGGACACAGGAGGAGCUCUUUAAGAGCACGUCCUGGAACAGCGCUGUGGCGUCUAAUAAAGACGAGGCGGUGGAGCUGACUCUGUAUCGGCCCAACGGCCCACGGGGAGGUCUGAAGCACCAGCCCGACCCGGCGACGCAGGCGGAGCAGGGGGAUCUCCCAGUGGUCAGGGAGAUUUCUGCAAAGUUGAGUGACAACCACAGAUAUUGUAACAUAAAGUGUUAUGUGGAUGGGCCAUACGGAACCCCCACACGUCAGAUCUUUGCGUCAGAGCAUGCGGUUUUGAUUGGCGCCGGCAUUGGUAUCACUCCUUUCGCUUCCAUCCUGCAGAGCAUCAUGUACCGGUAUCGCAUGAGGAAGCAGAACUGCCCCAACUGCAACUACUCCUGGUGUGAGAACAUCAAGAACAGUGAGAUGAAGCUGAGGAAGGUGGACUUCAUCUGGAUAAACCGGGACCAGAAGUCUUUUGAGUGGUUUGUGAGCCUGCUGACCAAGCUGGAGAUGGACCAGGCAGACAUGGAGCCCGAGGGGCGCUUCUUGGAGAUGCAUAUGUACAUGACCUCUGCUCUCAGUAAAAAUGAUAUGAAGGCCAUUGGCCUGCAGAUGGCGCUGGACCUGCUGGCUAAGAAGGAGAUGCGGGACUCCAUUACUGGCCUGCGCACACGCACACAGCCUGGACGGCCAGAGUGGAGCAAGGUGUUCCAGAAGGUGUCUCAGGAGAACAAGGGCAAGGUGCACGUGUUCUACUGCGGUUCUCCUGCCCUCGCCAAGAUCAUCAAGGCUCAGUGUGAGAACUUUGGCUUCCACUUCUACAAGGAGAACUUCUGAGCAAAACACACACUCUCACACACUCUGGACUCUCUUACCGCAAACCCACACACUGUUACACACUCUGCACUGUCUCUAACCGCAAACCCACACACACACUCACAGACUCUGGACUGUCUCUUACCACAAACCUGCACACUGUUACACACUCUGCACUGUCUCUAACCGCAAACCCACACACACACUCUGGACUGUCUCUUACCACAAACCCACACACACACUCACACUCUGGACUGUGCCACGCCACAAACCCACACACACACUCUCGCAGACUCUGGACUGUCUCUUACCGCAAACUCACACACACACUCACACUCCGGACUGUAUCCCACUGCAAACCCACACACACACUCACACACUCUCUGGACUGUGUCCCUCAGCAUGAUGCAUGCUGCAUGUGAGAUCAGCUGUCUUGUCUGACUUUGCUCCUGUGCAUCACUAGCUGUAUUUACCUCAGAACCACAAUCAGAAGCAGAGCUGAGAUCAUCCCUCUGUCUUGUCAUCCCUCUCUCACAGUGGGUCUCACGCAGAAACAUUGUCUCGUACAUUCCCUGAGAAAAGUAAUCUCCAGAUGCACCAAACAGUCUUACUGACAUGUAUAUUUGCUGUGAUCCUGGUGUGCUGAAUGACAAAUCCCACUUCAUUAGAAAUUGUCAACGUAUGGCUUUUUAUUAGCAUGAGUUCUGGUCCCCAAACAUUAUCUGAGGGGAGAUGUUGUGCCAUCUCUCCAAACAUUAUCUGAGGGCAGAUGUCAUGCCAUCUCCCCAAACAUUAUCUGAGGACAGAUGUCGUGCGGUGUCCCCAAACAUUAUCUGACGGCAGAUGUCGUGCCAUCUCUCCAAACAUUAUCUGAGGGGAGAUGUUGUGCCAUGUCCCCAAACAUUAUCUGAGGCCCAAUUAAUUAUCACCACUUAAAUGAAUGAAUGAAUGAAUGAAUGAGUGAAUGAAGACACUUAAAAAGGAAUAUGAAAAUAAUUCUAUGUAUACAA